GGAGGUAUAAACGUGAGUAGGUAUAAUGCAUAUGCUACAACACAAGAGAGAGGUUUCCAUGGAGAGAACAGCAAUCCCAUUUUCGCGCGUUCCGCAAAUAUUCCCCACUUCUGCUUGGCCAGUUGAUUGACGAGGGAAGGGCACCAACCCCACUGGGUUCACUUCACGCGGGAUUCAACUUGCAUUUCAGUAGCCCCCUUCUGCGCAAAAAAGGGAAAAAAAAAAAAUAAGUUCCUUCCUCUUCAUAUGCGAAGGAAGAACAUUGAAGGGGAUCACCCAAACGGAGGUCCACACAAAUUGCAUGUACAGGUUGCUCCAAAAGGGGGGGAAAGAGGCACAUAUGCGGGGGAGAGAUACGCAUAUUAUGUGCAACGCUGCCGAGUGGAAAGACCCUUUUGCUUGCCACUAACCUGGGUAGUUACGCAUUUUUGGUGAACUUUGCUCUGGUCCCGCUUUGGCAACGGUGUUUUGUUUAGUAGCCAUUUGCCCGCUGCACGUUCACCCAUCAGUGGGCACUUCAUCAUCUCCUUUUUUUUUUGCGUGAGUGGCUCGGUUGGCCCUCGCUCCGCGUGUCUCCCACCUGUGCAACCACUGCUGCAAAAACAAAUAACUUGCUUCCACGCGCCUCUCGACUGAACGUUCUAACACACGCCCUGAGAGGUGCCCCCCCCCCCAGUGUACCAUGAGCAAAAGCAUCUUCGACCCUUCCCUAUACUUUGGCCAUGUAGUAUCAACGAAGACGAGGGAAGGACACUCAUUCGAAGGAGAACUCUACUGCUACGAGACGAACUUAAAAUUUAUAAUCAUCAAAGAGGAGGGCAAAAAUGGCACAGCCAAUUUUUACAUUAUCAAAACGGAUAUCAUCGUGGACAUAGAGAUAGUGAGGAGAAUAAAAAUUCUUUUUGACCCUCUGCCUCAGAUUGAGAGGUCCCUCAUAGAAAAAAUUGAAAAGAAGGCCCUGACAGACUUUGAGAGCGUCAAGGCACGCAUCGGCAUUGGGGUGACGCAGGAGGCGCAGGAGCUCUUCGACUUUAUAUGGAAAACGCACCCGGACUGCGCUUGGAGCAACAAAGACAUUUUGGUCCUCAACGGAGAAGUCAGGAUUAAGCCGCCCUAUGGGCCGGACAACUGCGUGGCGAAGAAUGAAAACCUCAAGGAGAGGUUCUCCACCGUGAUCUCGAAGUUUCGCCAGAAGAGGAACAUGUCCAAUUGGAGCUGAGUCCCUCGCGAGGGAAGCGGUUGCGUCGGGACUUCCACAGAGUGAAGAGCACAUAUGUAUCUGCACAGCAACCACGUGGUGACUCUCCAUUUGGACGGCUGUGCAUGCAGUUAUCACGUGCAAGCGGUUACUUGGGGGGAAAAAAAAAAGAAGAAAAAACGCCGCUUUACCUCUUUACCUCUUUACCACCCCAUGUUGGUCUUUUUUUUUUUUCUCUCCAUGCGUGC